CUGCUGCCGCCGCCGCCGCCCCUGGCCCCGGCCCCGGCCCCGGCGCGGCCCCGGCGGCGGGUGCCUGGAUGUGGAGUUUGUCAUGAGUCCGGCCGGCUGCUCGCAUGUGAACAGCUUUAAGGUGGAGAACUGGCGGCAGAACCUGCGGGUCAUCUACCAGUGCUUCGUGUGGAGUGGGACCCCCGAGACCAGGAAGCGCAAGGCAAAGUCGUGCAUCUGUCAUAUGUGUGGCGCCCACUUAAAUAGACUCCACUCUUGCCUCUACUGUGUCUUCUUUGGCUGUUUUACAAAGAAACAUAUUCAUGAGCACGCAAAGACAAAGCGACAUAACUUGGCCAUAGACCUUUUGUAUGGGGGUAUAUACUGCUUUAUGUGUCAGGAUUACAUAUACGACAAAGACAUGGAACAAAUUGCCAAAGAAGAACAACGGAAAGCUUGGAAAUUACAAGCCUUCACCCCAACAGUGGUUUCUCACUACCAGUGUACAAUGACAGGCAUUGGAGAGAAGUAUUCAACUUGGGAGCCAACCAAACGGGAGCUAGAACUGCUUCGACAUAAUCCGAAGCGGAGAAAAAUAACCACAAAUUGUACCAUAGGUCUACGAGGGCUGAUCAAUCUUGGGAACACGUGUUUUAUGAACUGUAUUGUCCAAGCACUUACCCACACUCCACUACUGCGAGAUUUCUUCCUUUCUGACAGGCACAAAUGUGAAAUGCAAAGUCCCAGCUCGUGUCUGGUUUGUGAAAUGUCUACGCUUUUUCAGGAGUUUUACUCUGGGCACCGAUCUCCUCACAUUCCAUAUAGGUUAUUGCACCUGGUAUGGACGCAUGCACGACAUUUAGCAGGGUACGAGCAACAGGAUGCACACGAGUUCCUCAUUGCUGCAUUAGAUGUGCUGCACAGACACUGCAAAGGUGAUGAUAAUGGGAAGAAGGCCAACAACCCCAACCACUGUAACUGCAUCAUCGACCAAAUCUUCACAGGCGGGCUGCAGUCAGACGUCACCUGUCAAGUCUGCCAUGGUGUUUCUACGACGAUAGACCCGUUCUGGGACAUCAGUUUAGACUUGCCUGGUUCUUCAACUCCAUUCUGGCCACUUAGUCCAGGGAGUGACGGCAGCGUGGUAAAUGGGGAAAGCCAUGUGUCCGGAACCACCACACUCACAGACUGCUUGCGAAGGUUUACAAGGCCAGAGCACUUAGGAAGCAGUGCCAAAAUCAAAUGUAGUGGUUGCCAUAGCUACCAGGAAUCCACCAAACAACUCACUAUGAAGAAAUUACCCAUUGUGGCCUGUUUUCAUCUCAAACGGUUUGAACACUCAGCCAAACUGAGGCGAAAGAUCACUACGUACGUCUCCUUCCCCUUGGAGCUGGACAUGACACCGUUUAUGGCCUCCAGUAAAGAGAGCAGAAUGAAUGGACAGUACCAGCAGCCAACGGAUAGUCUAAACAAUGAUAAUAAGUAUUCCUUGUUUGCAGUAGUUAAUCACCAAGGAACCUUGGAGAGCGGGCACUAUACCAGCUUCAUUCGGCAACACAAGGACCAGUGGUUCAAAUGUGAUGAUGCCAUCAUCACCAAGGCUAGCAUUAAGGACGUUCUAGACAGUGAAGGGUACUUACUGUUCUAUCACAAACAAUUCCUGGAGUAUGAGUAGCCUUAUCCAACAGCUCUCCAGAAAAGCAAAAGGAAUUAAGCAAGCCUUCUGAAAUGACACACAGACCUACCUGAAAUGAAAAAAAAUAAGCCCAUACGAUAACAACAAGCACUGAGCUGUAUGCUAGGACCUACUUGAUUACGGCACACGGGCCUGUCGGAGGAAGAGAUGAACAAUGUCCGACAUCCACAUGGUCUUGAAUGGACAGAAAGGGGGGGAGGGGGAAGAGGCUAAAGUCAGUCUCAUAAAAGAGGAAAACAAAAUAAAAGGAAUGUUCUGGGUGGGGGAAAUGGGAGCAGAGGAGUCCUGACACUGGUACAUCUCCGAUGUUCCUUCUAAAAAAAAAAAAAAGGUGGGAAGGCGGGGAUAUACCCUCAUCUCCAUAAAGCAUCUUCUCCAUUGGUGCUUCAGCUCCAACUGACCAAUCAUAUAACAGUUAUAAGUUUAAAAAAAAAGGUUUAAAAAAAUCCAAGCCCAUUUUUUUUUUAUGCAUAUGGGUCUGAAAGCAGUAAAGUGGAGGAGACAGAGAUGACACAACAAAAAAAGGACUUUGCAAGUAUCUUUUUAUUUGUGAAUUUUAGUUAUUAAAUAAAUACAGUAUGAAACUAUUAGGCUCUGUUUUUUCAACAACCAUAAAGGAGAGGCCAGCUUGUGGAUCAGAGGCCUCCAAAGUGUGUCUGCCCCCCAGGCAGCCUGGCCUGGGACUGUUCGCCAAAGCAUCAGCACAGAUCCUUCUCUGAGCCCUCUUUUUGGUUUUGUUUUCUAAUGGUGUUUCCUUGUUGUUUUCUGUUUACUCUCUUUUUUUUUUCAUGGCGAUGAAUUUCACAAAUGCUAUUGUCAGCAAGAUGAAAAGAUUGGCAUGCUUGUGCUUAUAAAAGUGGUCUUGAUUCCUUUUCCUUUUUAAACUUGUGACCAAGUCUUGAUCUGUAAGAGUUGCUGUUUCUGUUGCUUCCCCUCUUCUUCCACGCCUUCUUUCCCUUCCUUGAAAAUAGGCAGUAUUUUAGAAACCCCGGACUCAGAGGCUAUGACAAAUGCCUGUUGGCAAUGCCUGGUGGGUGCAGUACAGACAAAUAGCUCUUGCCUCUCUUGAACUUCCCGCAUCACCAGGCUGUAAACCAGGCAUUUUCCUUGUCUGUGCUGUGUCUGAUUGGCCUCUUUCCUCCUGUUCGUCUCGAGCCCCACCCUGUCACUGCUUAGCAGGUGGUGAGCCAGUUCAAUUCUGUUUUGUCACAAAUGUAUUUCUUAUCUUCACCCUUUCACUCUUAAGAGUGGCUCAUUUGCCUGUCUAGACACUGGCCAUAACUCUACAUGCUGUGUGCUUGUUUCCCAGGAGGCAGUGCCACAGAUCUAACUGCAGUCAGUGAGGCACAAAGAUAUUAUUCACCUUGUGCCUCUUUAGAGUAGAGAGCAAAGAACCAAUUUAGCUUUGCCCUUUUCCCCCACUGAAUAUUUACAAAAUCUGUUCUGUCAUAUCGUAUAAGCCAGAGUAUCUGAAUCUGGACUGCAUCUAAUAGGUUAUGUGCCUCUACUUACAUAGUUUCCCUUAUGUUGGAAAACUAUGGCUUUCAGGGAGAGUGGAAGGUUGGGAAAGAAGGUAGUUUGGCAGUAAAGCUAAACAAGGAAAGCUUCGUUUCUUGUGAUCCGGGUAGCUUGCAUGUACCUACCUGUUCAAGCCCAGGCCUGGAAUGUGUUGGCCUAUGUUUGUGAAACUCCUACGUUUACAUCCUAGCGAUUGGGGGAGGGGGCGGUUGUCUUAAAUGUUCAGUUUCUAAAACGGACAUUCCCCUCAAGCUGCAUUCAAUACUGGGAAUCCUAGUCUACCUCCAAACAGUCAGGCUUGCAACCCCGGAGCUGAAUAGAACCAUUCGCUGCUUUAAGGGGGAGUUUCAUAAUAACUGCGGCUGAAGGUCCAAGAAGCUGGAAGACACUUGACGCAACAGUUAUCCACUAAUACAAAUGGCAGCCGCACUGUGAGGCCGACUGGCAAAACUUCCUUAGUGAUCGGCAGCAGAUUCCUAAUACUGACCCAGCUCAUUUUCUCUUGCCUCCUGUGGGGAUCCUACCUGCCUGCCUGCCAUGGAUGAUCACAGAUUCUAACUAGUCCCCAUCAGACUGAGCUUCAAAGAUUUGUGAUAUUAUGCCUUCAAGGAUAUCGCCCCCUUUUUUUUCCUCUCCCCCCCUCCCCCGC